AUGGAAGACAAACGUAUCGAGCUCAACGCGGAUUUGCCGUCGAUAAACAGCACGACGAGCAUUUCGGAUAAUUUGGCGCUCCGCAAUUAUUACGACAAACUCCUUUUCAAAAAUAGCAGUGGCAAGUCAUUGACGGAUCUGCCACGCCAGGCAAUGCCCCGAGCUCCGGCAGAACACCCAGAAACGCGGAAUGUGGAUUUCAUCAGCGGGCUGAGCUUUGGCGCGAGAAGUGGCGGUGGUGGCUUGGUUCAGCAGCAGCCACCGUUACAACAACAACAACAACAGCAGCAGCGGCAAGUACCACUACAACAACAGCAAAUACCGCCACAACAUCAACAACACUUACAACAGGAGCAAAAACAAAGUCCGCACUCUGUUUUCCGUGCGGUGCAAAUGACGCCGUCCAAUUCUGAACCUUGGAGUAUGGUGCCUGGGUUCCAAUUCGGCGAAGAACGCGCCAAUUUGCAGGCUAUUACAUCUCAAUUCAAUAAGCCAGUACCCUUCGUUUCGACUCAUCUGACCCCUCAGGUGCCGCCCCCAAUGGCUCCUGGGGCUCCGAUAACCGCUUCAGUCGGGGCUGCCAACUCUCGCAACAACAGCGUCGGUUCUUCUGGCUCUUCUGGUUCCACAAUGCUUGCUUCUCCUACAAGUUACUACGCAGCAUUAACGCAACAACCCACGAAUCGCAUGGGAGCUUUGUCUCCAAGUAGCGCGGGAACCAUACCAUUCCAAGCGUUCGACCAACAAACUCAAGUUCUACCUCUCAUGCAUCAAACUGCCCAUCAGUUUUUGCAGCCGCAUCAACAGUUUAACGCGGAUCGCAGAUCUUCUUACAUUGCGGAUACCCUUAUCCACAGCCCCAUGAACUCUGAUCCCAAUACUAUGCUACCGUCACAAUUGGACCGCCUAUACACAUCUGCAAAUGUGACAAACAAUCGCUACCUUCAGGCACCUGGGAAAAGACAAUCAGUGCCAAAGAUAAAUUAUAGAUCUGGAGAGCCUUUCAAUACCGUAGCUGCCACUGUGGGUCAGCAAAAUGGCUCACACCAUCUAGACAACGGGCUGGAACUAGUUAAGGGUCAAGUGGUGGCUUCCUCAGAACUCAAAGCCUUGUACCGCGAUUGCGGGAAAAAUUAUUUUUCGAGCAACGAGGCUUGCGAGUUUCUUGACAACAUUGAUGAUUGCUUGUCUGGUUCGAACACUUCUGACUUGGCAUCCAACAUCACCAAGUUUCUAACUUUUUUGAAAAGCUCCAACUUGAACUACAAUCCUCAAUCGGAUGCAUUCGUUUCGAGUAAUGAAACUAGGAGAAACAGCAGCACGAGUGCUUAUCUGCACUACAAACCGUUGGUUUUGGUUGCUUUGAAGAAUGGUAAGCUUGAGCUGCUCUCCAUUUCGCACGCAACUAAUUUAGCCAUGGAGCGGGAGGACCUGGUUGUGAUAGAUGGGGAUCGCGGCAAAGACCUGGCUGUAGUGAUCAACCCUCAUGUGGAACUGGAUCUCGCGCUAUUCAUAAAUUUUCUGAAAAAGAAAAUCCAUUUCGACUCGUUGAUCACCAACAGAGAUCAGCACUUCCCCAACCGAGACUUUGUCAGGGCCCUUGUUGAUACCAUUCAGGGUCACACUGAUGAGUUGAACUCUAAGCUGUACGAUGUUAUCGAGCUUACGCAAUUGAUAAUUCCUUCGAAGCAAGUUUUACGCUUUGCCACAUCUUGGGAAGUCACAACCAAUCUGCACAAUAAAUUCCAGGACGAACUAAAAGCGCUGCAUAUUGCUCAAUUGAAGUUGAACUCUUUAAACAGCGGAUUAUCACACCAUCAACAUCAGCAGCCACGCUCUAACUUGAACAUUAAGAUAUUAAACGCUGAGUUUCAAUUUGACCGAAAGAAACUGACUUUCUAUUAUGUGUGCCAAGAAAGAAAUGAUUUUAGGGAGCUAAUCAAGGAGCUUUUCAAAUUCUACAAGACCAGAAUUUGGCUGUGCGCCAUACCAAACAAUUUGGACAUUGAGUCCAAGUACUAUGAUAAACAAUUGAAAGAAAUCAAAAUGUAUCAGGCCAUGAUGCAGCACUUUACCGGAGAGGACACAUUGGAUAAUGGCCCGGGAUCUGGGUUUAUUGUUGCGCCGGCGCUGAACUCGAUUUCGCUGGAUAAUUUUCAAAUUGGGGUUUACAAGGAACUUGUCAAUGAUUUAUUCGCUAUUCGCCCAUAG